CUGACCACGUGACGUGACGUCUCCUCGCGCACACCGGAAGUAAACGCCGUGUUUUGUGUGCGUGGGAUGCUCACACUUGUUUGCGUGGAACUCCGCGACCCAACAAGUGACUUGUGUUAUUUUAUCCGCGCCCCGCAGCUCCGGUUACUAUUCCCCCCCUACCGAGUGUACCCAGAGGUCUGCUACCGGCAAGCAUGGCCACUGCACAUUCCACCGGGCCUAAAUAUAUCUAUUAAGGGGAACAGGGGGAGGGGGACGCGGGUUAUUUUCGGGCCAUUCGACUGUUGCAUGGUGGUAAACUAGCACCGCUCCAAUCAUCUUCAAGAAGAAGAAGGGAGGCCCGGUCCAAACAUGCCCUCCACGGCGAGAUCCAGGGCUCGGGAGCGGAACAGCGUCCUGAGCAGACCCGAGUUCAUGUCCCUUAAUCAGCCUCCUCGAGGCGGCGGAGGGCCGUCGGAGAACCGGGGAGGUGGUGGUAGUGGUGGUGGUGGAGGAGGUGGUAGUGGAGGCCCGAGGCGCUCCAGCUCGAUCCGGCACCAGGCCAGCCAACCAAGCGAGGACGCCGGAGACGGUGCGCCGAAAGCGGACAAGAGGGAGCCGGGUAAGAUGCCCGAGGAGGACUGCAUGCAGCUGAACCCCUCCUUCAAGGGGAUCGCCAUCAACUCCCUCCUCGCCAUCGACAUAUGUCUGUCCAAGCGCAUGAGCGUGUGCGCGUACACGUCGUCGUCGUGGGGAGGCUGUCGCUCCAUGGUGGGCCUGCUGGCCCUCACCGGACACGGCCUGACGUGGAUCAUCGGGACCAUCGUCUGCCUCACCCGGAGCAGCACCCUGGCCGGACAGGAGGUUCUGGUCAACCUGCUGCUGGCCCUCCUCCUCGAUGUGAUGACGGUGGCAGGAGUCCAGCGGCUGGUGAAGCGCAAAGGACCCUGGGAGAUGGCGCCGGGCUUCCUGGACUGCGUGGCCAUGGACGUGUACUCGUUCCCAGCGGCGCACGCCAGCCGCGCCGCCAUGGUGUCCAAAUUCCUGCUGUCCCACCUGGUGCUGGCGGUGCCGCUGCGCAUCCUGCUGGUGCUGUGGGCCUUCCUGGUGGGCGUGUCCCGGGUGCUGCUGGGGAAGCACCAUUUGACGGACAUGCUGUGCGGCUUCGCGCUUGGCCUCUUCCACUUUGGCUUGAUGGAGACGGUGUGGUUGUCGUCCAACACCUGCCAGACUCUCAUCUCUAUUGGCACCCUCAGCUGGAGCCCCUUCCCAUGAUCCUCUUCUCAUACUGCCAGAUUCUCUGUCAAAAGGACUCUGUUGGUGUCGUUUCCCACAGCAUUCUCGCUGCAGGGCUGCAUGCAAGGCCUUAAGACACAUGACUUGUUUUUAAUUUACUUAAACUAAAAAUGAGGCAUUGUACUUAUUAUCAUUUUCUUUCAUCAUAACUUUAUUAUUGGUGUCAUACCUUUCGACAAAGCAGUAUUUGGGUCGAUAUUAAAGGAAGAAAAAGUUCUGAUAAUAAAGUAGAGUUUUGUCCGGUUAAUGUUAAUUCUCGUAAAAUCACAAAAGUAUUCUCCAAAAAUUAUUUUAAAAAAAACAAAACUGUAAUGUUUUUAAUAGUUAGUAAUAAAACAUUUUAUUUGGAAAAUUCUGACCUUAAAGGCCUACUGAAACCCACUACUACCGACCACGCAGUCUGAUAGUUUAUACAUCAAUGAUGAAAUAUUAACAUUGCAACACAUGCCAAUACGGCCGGUUUAGUUUACUAAAUUGCAAUUUUAAUAUUCCCGCGAGGUAUCCUGUUGAAAACGUCGCGGAAUGAUGACGCUGAUGUUGACCCGUGCUUGUGAUGCUAUUGGUUGGAGCGGACAAUCCAGCCCAGCACCACUCACGGCUAAAAGUCGUCGCUUUUCAUCGCAUAAUUACACGGUAUUUUGGACAUCUGUGUUGCUGAAUCUUUUGCAAUUUGUUCAAUUAAUAAUGGAGACUAUAAAGAAGAACGCUGUUGGUGGAAAGCGGUGGAUUGCAGCUGCCUUCAGCAACCGAAACACAGCCGGUGUUUCUUUGUUUGUUGUGAAGCUUUAUCACAGAGCGGUCAAGAGAACAUGUCAACCUGCAAGUUUUUGGAGACUUGAAUGGAUUAUGCGACCUCCUCCUGCAGCUGUCAAAAAGGCAGCUGUGAUCUUGGCUCCUCCAUUGGCUUCUCUCAGAGACACUGGCGUUCACCGCAGCCCUCCGACUUUCAGGUAUUAACACAAUAAGCACAUAAGGGAUUUUCCACAAUUAUCCUUGUAAAUGUGUCUACUAACAUCUGAAUCGCUCACACUGUCAUCGCCUUGAACCGUCGCCUUUCCUUUUUUUUUUUUUUUUAGUGCUUCACUCUAACUUUCCUCAUCCACGAAUAUUUCAUCCUCGCUCAAAUUAAUGGGGAAAUCGUCGCUUUCUCGGUCCGAAUUGUUCUUGUUGCUGGUGGCUAUGAUUGUAAACGAUGUGAGGAGCCCUUCAACCCGUGACGUCACGCGCACAUUGUCUGCUACUUCCGGUACAGGCAAGGCUUUUUUAUUAGCGACCAAAAAAUGCGAACUUUAUCGUCGAUGUUCAAUACUAAAUCCUUUCAGCAAAAAUAUGGCAAUAUCGCGAAAUGAUCAAGUAUGACGCAUAGAAUGGACCUGCUAUCCCCGUUUAAAUAAGAAAAUCUCAUUUCAGUAGGCUUUUAAUGUAAUAUUGAAUUACAUGUUUUAAAUAUGAUGACUCCUUCUGGCAAAAUUACGACUAUUUAAAAAAUGUUUUAAAUUUGAUCUUUUUUCGUUAAAACUAUAGUUUUAUUCUUGAAAUUUUACGACUUUAUUUGAUCUUAUAAUUAUAAUUUAUUUGAGUAAAAUUUGAACUUUUUUCCUCUAUUACAUUUUUAAUCUUGUAAUAUUACAACUUUAUUCCAUCUUGUAUUACAAUUUAUUCUGAGAGUUGUCUUUUUUUCCCCUCAUGUUAAAAUUAUAUUUUUGCAAUCUUACGACUUCACUUUAUCAUAUAAUUGGAAUUUAUUCUCGUAAAAUUGUAUCUUGUUUUCUAACAUUACAAUUUUGUUCUCGUACCAGUGAGACUGUCAUAAUAUGUAUAUUUUUUAAUCAGCGUAAAAUUAUUACUUUUUUCUAAAACUGUUUCUCCUCAUAAAAAUCCAAUUUUAUUCUCAUGCAUGCAAUUUAAUUUUAAAAAUGAUAUGACUUUUUUUUUCUUUCAGCAUGGCCCUAAUACUCCUUUGUUGUGUUUUCAUUGAAAAACACAUGGAAAGGGGUGAAAAACAGUGCCGUUUGCUGGACCUGACUGGACACUGCUCCUCCACAGUAUGUUCCUUUUGCCAAACUUCUUCCAAACAUUUUCUGACAAGUGUAGCAUUAAACGUAACUCACUUUCUGAGGUCAUGCAUUUCUGCAUGUUUAUAAUCUAAAGGGCUGAAUUGUUUGAUUCAAACUAGUACUAGAAUUAGUGCAAACACGCAUUGUUGCAUAAAACAUCCAUUUUCAUGUAUGAUUUUUUGUCCAAUGUCUUCAGUUGAGCUGCAGUUUUAACGAUUGUGUGUUCCCAACAUUUUUCAAAUAGUAUUGUGUACAUUUAGAGGCAUUUUUUUCUGUGCGGUUAUAUUAUGUUUUUACCUAUUUACUCCCCCAUACCACUAAUAAAAGGAAGUAAAAUGUUAUUGUUAUUUCAUGCGUGCAUUUAGCAGUCAUGGUUUGGACCAGUGGUCCCCAACCACCGGGUCGUGACCCGGUACCGGGCCGUGGCCCGAUUGGUACCGGGCCGCGGAAUUUUUUUAAAUUAAUUUUUAUUUUAAAAAAUAUAUAUAUAUUUUUUUAUUUUAUUUUAUUAAAUCAACAUAAAAAACACAAUAUACACUUACAAUUAGUGCACCACCCACAAAAACCUCCCUUUUUCAUGACAAAAACGUCCCUUUUUCAUGACAAAGAAAAAAAAUAAAUAAAGGAUCCCCCCCACCCCCACCCAGGCCGUGGGACAAAUUAUUAAGCGCUGACCGGUCCGCGGAUACAAAAAGGUUGGGGACCACUCGUUUAGACGGUUAAGAAGCAUAAGUCACAUUUCUGCACCAGAGCACUUCACACAAAGUUCGAGGGUUGUACUUCUGUCUUUCUUUCCUUCUUUUUUUUUGUUGUUGCUGCACACAUUCAUGCACUGAUGCAACAACUGACGUUUCCUGUCUGUUGACACUUGCAAACACUCUUGGCAGGAAACACAAAGUACACUGCAAAGUUCAUGAGAACAGAAACUGCACGCAGGCACCAAAAAAUCAGGUGUGAUGCCAAACUCUGUCUGCCGAAGAUCUGUUGUAAACAAUGAAAAAGACAUGACACAAAUUCAAGUGGUUGGUAUAUAACACCUACAUUAAUGUCUGAGCAUAAUAUUGUACAUUAAAAUGGGCCUAAUAUGCAUUUUCCCCAUUUAAAACAAUAGUGGAAAGAUGUUCCAAUGUCUUCCUCUAGUGGCCUUAAUAUGUUAUUACAACGGUUUUGCCUCAUGCUGGAUGUAGAAAUAAAGGAAUUGAAAUCGACAA